AUGCAAAGAAAUCAGAUGCCCCGUUCAGCCCGUGGGAAGAAUAAACCGAAGGAGAAGGUCAAAGGAGCGUCGACGGAGGCGACGAGUUCAAACCCUGCUACCGAGAAACCACCGUCACCACUACCCGAAGAAAGUCCAGCACCUACACCGGCCGAAGUUCAACCGCAGUCGGACAUCAGUCAGAGCAACCCCAUCACCGAGAUUACUCCCACUGAGGCGGCAUCCGACGACGAUGAUCUAGACCCCGAGGAGGUCAUACAAGAAUUCAUGAAGAAAUAUGGCAAAAGACCGAAGGCGAGCAAGUUCUUUGCCAAGAUGUCGGAGGCAUGCCGGAAGCAAGAAGAGGUAAUUCCUGCCCUAACCCCACUUACAAUCCCACCAAGGCCCCAAACCUUAAUCGAAACACCCACUGCACAAGCCUUACCCACACACCCAGAAAACCCCCAAAUUUUACCCGAAACCCUAACCCAAGAGACGAACCCCCCAAACACCAUCCCUCAAACAGAGACAGAACCCCAUGUUGAGCCUUCUAUAAAUGAAGAAGAAAUUGUCGAAGAGGAGGGCGAUAAGAUGGAUACGGAGGAAUCCGAGAGAGAUGAGGAGGGGGAUGAGCGAGUUGAGCAAGAGGAGAUCUUGGAAGUAGAUACCACUAGGUCUGGGGAUGAAGGGGAGACAGGGGAGGGUGUAGAUGGUGAAGAGGGUGUUAAGGCAGGGGAGGACAAGGAGGAAGAAACCGAGGAUGUGGAGAAGGCUGUAGAUGGUGAGAAGGGUAGUGAGGGUAGUGGGGAUAGAAGAGGUGAAGAAGGUGAGAAUGUUGGUGAGGAAAUUGUUGAGAAGGAGACAGAGAAGGAAGAGGAAACUAAUGAGGAAGUUGGUGGGAAAGAAGGAAAGAAAGACGGUGAUAGAGAAGAGACCGGGGAUGUAAGGGAGGAGAUAGAGACGGAGAUCGUCGUGGUAGACGACACCACUACUGAUGACCAAGGGACCCCGACAGAUGAGAGGUUGACAAGGAGGCAGUCCCGUCGGAAUAGAAAGCAGGAGGAUGAGGCAGAGGCAGGCAGGGCCAAGAGCCUAAGGCUGGAGGACAUAGAGGAAACAGGGGAUGAUAUCCCCCAGGUCCAGGAAACUUUGCCGGCCGAGAAGGAUAUUUCUCCGGAGGCCCUGGAGACGAGAUAUGAGGCAGAAAGGAAGAGAAAGGGGAAGCAUGCUGCUAAGCCCCAAAAGAAGAAAUCUCGCCCAACGUCCACCACUGUGGUGAUUAACGAGCCGGAGGCAAUCCGAGUGCCCUUUGCCCAUUCAACAGAAGAAGAGAAAGAGCAAGAGGAAGCGCAGGAGGAGACGGGGAUACCUACUGUGGAAGAAAGCCCGUUUGAAACAAUGGAGGUCCUUGUGAUCAAGAAGUUGCUGAAAGCGAUGGUCCAGUUUGAGGACCCCAAGUUGCAGCAAGCAUGUGAUGGACGCGCCGCGAAUGGGAAGUCAGCGAAAUCCGGAAAGAAGCUGUGCCUCUCGGACCUGAGGGAUCUGGGAGUAGAGAAGAAGUUCAUCUCCUACUUCAAAAGCAUCGGGUUCGAGUGGCUUCUAAACCACUGUGAAGAGAAAGUACCGGUGGCUCUGGCGAAGGAGUUCUUCACGUCCUUCAAAUUCAAAGCAACUACGGAUCUCGACGCUGACGCAAUCUCAUUCUGA